AUGACCACGGGCACUGCUUACUAUCUCGGCCUUGACUUGUCAACCCAACAACUGAAAUGCACCGUCAUGAAUGACGCUCACGCGAUCGUGCUGGAGGAAGCUGUCAAUUUCGAUCGGGAUCUCCCUGAAUUUGGUACAAAGCAUGGUGCUAUUCAAAACGGCGACGUUGUCACUUCACCAACCUUGAUGUGGGUCAAGGCCAUGGAUAUCUUGUUUGAACGACUCAAAAAGAGUUCAAUUAUUGGUAACAUCCAGGGCAUCUCGGGCGCAGGGCAGCAACAUGGCAGUGUUUAUUGGAGUGAACGUGGUAUGAAGGCAUUGCAUCAUUUGGAUGCCACCAAGACGCUGGCGGAGCAGUUAUCGGAUGGUUUUGCGAUUGAUCAAUCUCCCAUUUGGCAAGAUGCAAGCACCACUAAAGAAUGCCGAUCACUCGAGAACCUUGUUGGUGGUCCACAAGCACUAGCGGAUUUGACAGGUUCAAAAGGCUAUGAACGAUUCACUGGUAACCAAAUUGCAAAGAUCUAUAAUACGCGACGUGACGCCUAUGAUGAAACCAAGCACAUUAGUCUUGUCAGCUCUUUUAUCGCAUCCGUGUUGCUGGGUCGUCUUGCUCCUGUGGAUUCACCCGAAGGCUCAGGCACCAAUCUCAUGAAUAUCCAGACGCAUCAAUGGGAGGACAAGCUGCUCAAGCAUUGUGGUGGUGACUCGUUACAUGAUAAGCUUGGAUUGGAACCUGUUGAAGGUGGUGUUGAAUUGGGAAAGAUCCAUCCCUUUUUCGUUGAGCGAUAUGGAUUUCAUCCAGAAUGUGGCAUUAUGCCUUUUACGGGUGACAACUCGGCUACACUUGUAUCCAUGAACUUGAAAGAGGGUGAUUGUGUUGUAUCAUUGGGAACAUCAGACACGGUGUUGGUUUAUUUAAAGCAAGGCGCUGCCAAGGCCACCACAGAAGCCCAUUUGAUGGCCCAUCCAACCGAUCCUACAGGCUUUAUGGGCAUGUUGUGUUACAAGAAUGGAUCACUUACACGACAACACAUUCGUGAUCAAUAUGCACACGGCGAUUGGGAUGAAUUCAACAAGUUAUUGCAAGAGAAAUCAGCAAACGAUUGCAUGGGCUUUUAUUAUUCAAUGCAAGAGAUUAUCCCUUUUGCAAAGGGCAUCUAUCGUUUCCAAAAGGGUCAACCUGUAGAGGAAUUCGAAGAUCCAUCCACCAACGUACGUGCUAUUGUUGAGUCACAGUUCUUAUCAAUGCGCAUUCGUCUUCAGCGUAUGACCACGGUCGAAUCAAAACGUAUCCUUGCCACAGGUGGUGCUGCUGCCAACCAUGAAAUCCUAAAGAUCCUCUCCAAUGUAUUCGGCCUUCCUGUUUACAAGCAAAAAGGAAUGAAUAGUGCAAGUCUCGGUGGAUCACUCCUUGCUAAAUAUGGUACCUUACAUGGUAAAGCAGCCUUCCAAGACAUGAUGAAACAACAGCAAGCCGAUGAACCUGAGCUCAUUUGUGAACCUGAUCUCGAAACCACCCAACAAUACGCUGCUCGAUUUGAUGAGUUUAAUCGAUUAGAGAAACAAGUAGUCGAUCAACAAGUAUCAUAA